GGGAGUGAUCACUUUCUCUUACGCCAACGACGACGGCCUCUGGCGUCUCGAGGAACACUCAGCAACAAGUUUUUACCAAAGCAGCAAGCAGCCGUCGGUCCGUCGCCGCGUUCCCAAGCCUGGUGCGCCGAAACCACGCGAUCCGCCGCGCAUAAUGCAGCUACCACGGAUUGUCGUGCUCUUUGGCUGCUACUCUCUGACGCUGACGCUCGUGACGGCGGCGCCCAGUCCGCAGGAGCCGCUUUUCGAGCUUCCGGUGCAGCUGAUCGGCUUUCCGGUGAUUAUAGCGGCCGUAAGACUCACCACCUUCCUCAAGAAGCUCGCGUAUUCCUUGAAUCCAGAUACGUACGUCAGUCGGACGAAACGGGCGCCUCCUUUGAUACACGACGAGGAGAUCUUAGACGCCGGUCACGUCGAGAAGAGGUUGGUGGCCGAGCUCGGGAAUAACGUCUGCGUCUACGAGAGGAUCUGCGCCAAGUACGCGGAUCGAACCUUUCGGAGAAGAAGCCGGGAACGUAUUCUCGAUUGGGAUGAGGUGUUCAGCGAGUACAAGUCAUCGCCCGACCCGAUGAAGGAGAAUUACUUGCUGAGUGUCUUUCUGGGGGAUAUCAUUGGCAGUCCGAAGCUGUGUCAUUUGCUGGCGAAGAGAGGAAGAGGCUGCGAUAACGCCACCCUGUCGGAUUAACCGGAUAUCACGCUCGAAUCUACGCGUGGGUUGUGAAUAUUCCAAUGCCACAUGGAUGUGAUUAUUCGCGGUUACAGAAUAAAUUGUAAUCUGUAGAACGGGACGAGAUGAUGUAUAUGUUCCGCGUGUUUUAUGCAGUUCCAUUACGUUCGUUAGCGCGUUGAUUGCACGGGAGACAACAUGUUGUUAAAUUAUUUCCUACUGUUGAAUUAUUCUCGUUGUUAUCGAUUGACAAAUAUCUACCGCAGAUUGCAAUUUAUCUUAAUAAUUAAUUGACAAAUAUGAAGAAACAUAGUCAUCGAGAAAAGAGGAACGAGGGACCAUUGGCGUGGUCUGCGAAAAAUCAAAAACAUUUUUUUUCAAUAAAUUUUAAUUUUAAUAAUUUUUAAAUAAAUAUAUAAUAAUAAAUUUUUAAUAAGUUGAAAUAAAACUUAAUAUCGGAGAUCGGGGAAACUAUUUUAAUAUCGUAGGUUUGGAGAGAUUUUUCUCUCUCUUUUUCUUUCCGUCUUUUACCGGUUAUUUCUCGUUUCUCUCUAUCUUACUUUCCUUCUCCUAAGCGUCUGUCGAUUUCUCCGAUUCACUAUACGCGUCCGUGACAUAAAUAAGCAACUCUAAACUGAUACAUCGUUAUACACACACUCCGCAUUUUAUUCUGCAUAGAUAAACUGUUUGACAUUUAGAGAGGCGUAUAUGCUCGAACCCGCU